CUAAAAGAGAACGUGAAAAGGUAUAGGCCAAGAAAGAACAGCUUCGUAGAGAAGGUAAAUUACUGACCAAAGCACAAAAAGAAGCCCAACGUAAAGCCAAAUUACGUCAUGAACAAUUACUUGCUUCCGGUAUGGUUCGUGUGGAGGCUUUGGAAUCUGACGAGAAUAAACCCAAGAAGAUUGUUUACAACAACAGGAAGAAGAAGGGCCCUUCUAAGGAAGAACAGGAAAGAAAGAGGCUAGAAGCAGAGGAAAGAAAGCGUAAAGAAGAGGAGGAAAGAAAACGCAAAGAAGAAGAAGAGGCGAAGAAGGCUGCCGAAGCUGAAGAAUCCGAAGAAGAUGAUUGGGAAAAGGCACUUGAAAGCAGUGAUGAGGAAAAGGAAGACAAGAAAGACGAAGAAGAGGAAGAAGAUCUCAAGAGCGACUGGGACGCUUCUGAUGACGAAGAAGAAACCAAGGAAAAGGCCGCUCCUGUCAAGACUCCUGCUGACACUAAGCCUGCUGCUGCCGUCAAAUCUGCUACUGUCGAGAAAGCCAAACUUGAAAGCGAAUCUGAAGAAAGUGAAGAAGAUUCCGAAGAAGACUCUGACGAAGAUUCCGACGAAGAUUCUGACGAAGACUCUGAUGAAGAGCUUACAAGCACUCAAAGACUGGCACUUCAAAAGAAGGAAGAGGCAGCUGCUCGACGUCUUCAACGACAAAAGGAAGCUAUGGCGAACAGAUCUGCCGAAGACCUGCGUUCACCAAUUUGUUGUAUUCUUGGUCACGUAGAUACAGGUAAAACUAAAUUGUUGGAUAAGAUUCGUCAAACCAAUGUUCAAGAGGGAGAAGCUGGUGGUAUUACUCAACAAAUUGGUGCUACUUUCUUCCCUGCCGAAGCAAUUGAAAAAAAAACUGCUGUUCUUGGCGAUGCUCGUGUUGAUAAACUUAAGGUGCCUGGUAUCUUGGUCAUUGAUACGCCCGGUCACGAAUCUUUCACCAACUUGAGAAGUAGAGGUAGUUCCCUUUGUAAUAUCGCUAUCUUGGUUGUUGAUAUUAUGCACGGUCUCGAACCCCAAACUCUUGAAUCUAUCCGUUUACUGCGUGAUCGUAAGACACCUUUCAUUGUUGCUUUGAACAAAAUUGAUCGUCUGUUUGAAUGGAAGGCCAUACCCAACAAUUCUUUCCGCGACUCUCUUUCUAAACAAAAGCCUUCAGUCAAACAAGAAUUUGAAAAGCGUGUUGCUGAUACCAUUUUGGCUUUCAAUGAACAGGGUCUGAACGCUGAACUCUACUAUAAGAACAAGAACCUUGGUAAAUACGUCUCUUUAGUUCCUACAUCUGCUCACACUGGUGAAGGUAUCCCUGAUAUGCUUAACUUGCUCAUCCACUUGACUCAAGCUCGUAUGAGUGAAAAGCUUAUGUACAUCAGUGAGCUUGAAUGUACUGUUCUGGAAGUCAAGGUUAUUGAAGGUCUAGGUACUACCAUUGACGUUGUUUUGGUCAACGGUUGGUUACAUGAAGGUGAUCGCAUUGUUGUCUGUGGUCUAAAUGGUCCUAUUGUUACACAAGUCAGAGCAUUAUUGACACCCCAACCUAUGCGUGAAUUGCGUAUCAAAUCUCAGUAUGUUCAUCAUAAAUCUGUUAAGGCUGCUCUGGGUAUUAAGAUUGCUGCUCCUGAACUUGAAAAAGCUAUUGCUGGUUCUAGACUUCUUGUUGCUGGACCAGAUGAUGACCUCGAAGAUUUGAAGGAAGAAGUUAUGUCUGACUUGACUAAUCUGAUGUCGUCUAUUGAUAAAACAGGCCAUGGUGUAUGGGUACAAGCAUCCACUCUUGGUGCCUUGGAAGCUUUGUUAGAAUUCUUGAGAACUUCUAAGAUUCCAGUUUCAGGUAUCAAUAUUGGUCCUGUGCAUAAGAAAGAUGUUGUAAAAGCAAGUGUAAUGUUGGAAAAAGCACGAGAAUUUGCUGUUAUGCUCUGUUUCGAUGUUAAGGUAGAUAAGGAAGCCGAAGAACUCGCAGAAGACCUUGGCAUCCGUAUCUUCACAGCCGAUAUUAUUUACCACUUGUUCGAUAGAUUCCAAGAAUACCAUGCUUCUAUUUUAGAACAAAAACGUAAAGAUCAAGCUGGUGAAGCGGUUUUCCCUUGUGUUUUGAAGAUGAUUCCUCGUGCUAUUUUCAACAAAAAAGAUCCUAUUAUUUUUGGUGCUGAUGUCGUUGAAGGCGCGUUAAGACUUGGUACACCUAUUUGUGUGGUGAAGACAGAUCCUGAAACAAAAGCGCGUCAAAUUAUCACUCUGGGUAAGGUAACAGGUAUCGAACAGAAUCACAAGCCUUUAGAAAUAGUGAAGAAGGGUCAAGCCGGCGCUGGUGUUGCCGUCAAGAUUGAAUGCGCACCUCACGAAACACCGAAGACAUUUGGUCGUCACUUUGAAGAAUCAGACGAGUUCUAUUCGAGAAUCACUCGACAAUCCAUUGAUAUCCUUAAAGAAUCCUUCCGUGCAGAUGUUUCGAAGGAGGAAUGGGCUCUUAUUGUCAAGCUUAAGAGAAUCCUGGGUGUGGAUUAACCUUAAUAUUUACAUAUUGAAAUUUUUAUAUUGCUCAGUUGUAUUUCAAUUCAGAUAAGGUUGGAAGUAUUGCCAAUAAAUAUUGACCGAAAUCCCGUACACACUUGUCCCUCACAAUUAUAAAGGUUAACAUCACUCGAUCGCUUCUCCUUUUGUGCCAGUAAUAUAACAGUGCAAUUCUUCGUAUUAGCUGUAGUCGUUUUUCCUGAGUUUGUGCGUAACAUUAUUAUUAUUUCACUAUAACGAAUGGAUAAGUAUAUGACAUUGUUGCGUACCGUAUCUUCUG